GCUAUGAACAUCGAGUGGCAGAAGGAUUGCCACCACAAAAAAAAAACAUUCGAAAGCACUUCCACAGUAUGCUGCAACUGAAGGAAGCGAAGAAAGUGAGCAGCCCGCACGACUGUGUAUCAGAGGCGCAAUUCAUGCAGUUCACGAAGAAGCGGCUAAAGGAGGCGUUGGAGCAGCGUUUUGGACCUGACGUCCUCACACCUGCUGAGGAGCGGCUGAAGAAAUCGGACUUCGUCGCAGUCGUCAUGCGAAAGAUGUACCCCUACGGAUCGAGGUUGAAUGCUCGAGCGUUGGAGACUGAUCCAAACAGCUUGACAGAGUAUCAUGCGCAUGAGGUUGGGAUGUGGUUCCUCCGCGCUUGCCAGUUGUGCAGGGAGGAGGGCGAAGACGCUAACAGUCUACACCGCGACAUCAUGUUGGUCGCCGAUCAUUGGGUUGGUGAUAAUUCGGGAUGUGUGGACGGUAGGGAAGUUCUGUGCGAGAAGGCCGGUGGGCGUGCACGAUUGCCUUUAUAUAGCCGCACAGACACGGUCUACGAGCUCGUUCUGCGUGUUCUCGAUAAAUAAUGCAGCACUAACAUCACGCCGUACUACGUCGAGUUUCGGCACACAUCAACAGAAAAAUUCCCACGAGAAAUGAAAGUUGAAAAAACAU